AUGCCGAAGCUUAAUCAAGAGCAGGAAAAGCAAUGCCUGGUUGCCAUCUGAUUCAUAUCCAACGGACCCGACCGCCUUUCCUGAAACAUUCUAUGUAGCUCUAACAACACGCUAAACCUUUGCCUUUUCCCUUUCUCUUUUCCUUUAAAUCUUUUUCCUUUUCCUUUAUAUUUUCUUCUCGUGAAGGAACUGAUUAUUCUAUCCUCCCUCCUUGCUUAUUUUAAGUCUGCUGUUACAGAGUCUCUCUUCCACGCACUAAGAAGCGACGACACUGCUACCGAGUGCAACAUCAGUCUCAUCCGCUAAACAUGGCGAGCGUGAAGGUUUUCGGCUCCCCGACGUCGGCAGAGGUGGCGAGGGUGCUGACAUGCCUCUUUGAGAAGGAGAUCGAGUUCCAGCUCAUUCGCGUCGACAACUACAAGGGCCAAAGAAGACUCCCCGAGUACCUCAAGCUACAGCCCUUUGGACAAGCUCUAACUUUUGAAGACGGAAAGCUGACCCUCGUCGAUUCGAGGGAGAUAUGCCGGCACCUGGCGGACAAGUACGCGGACCAAGGCAACAGAGACCUCCUCGGCUCCGGGACGCUGGAGAGGGCAUCGAUCGAACAGUGGCUGCAAACCGAGGCCCAGAACUUCGACCCGCCGAGCUCCGCGCUCGUCUUCAACCUGGCCUUCGCGCCGCUGCUGCGCCUCGACCAGGACUGGGAGGUGGUCGAACAGAGCAUGAAGAAGCUGGGCAAGGUGCUCGACAUCUACGAGCGGAGACUGGACGAGACGGAUUUUCUGGCCGGUAACAAGUUCACGCUCGCCGACCUCUCCCACCUUCCCAACGCCCAUCGCCUGGUCGCCGACGACAAAUGCCGCUCCCUCUUUAAGUCGAGGAAGAAGGUGUACAGGUGGUGGGAGGCGAUAUCGAGCCGCCCGUCCUGGAAGAGGGUGGUGCGGAUGCAGCAGGAGCCCCCCCACAUUGUCUAAGUUCAUGGGUCGUCUUCAGGGUUUGCUCCUUUGUAUCUUUGCCUACCAUGUUGCUUUGUUCAGCCAAGCGCUUCCUCGCCGUGUGCUUGUUGGAGGAGUUUGUCUUGCUACCGAGGCUAGUUUAGGCUGAAUAAGUUCCGUAUCCAAAUGUUCUGCACUUCCAAUCUAGUUUGAUGAUAGCAUCAACAAAUUUAGGGUUAAAUCAUCCUUGCA